UUCUUUUUCUUUUUCUUUUUUUUGUGCCCCGCAUCUGCGAGUGCGCGAGCCUCCCUCUCUACCGUCGUCACUACUUCUUUACCGCUUGGGGCGUCACUCUCCCUCUGCUUUACCUUUUCCAUCCGUUUAGAGCAACGCUCGAUCUUUCUCGUUACACACUCGAUCCCUCGACUCGGUGCUCGUUGCUCACUUUCUCUGUUCAUCACAAUCUCUCUCUCACUCAUUGUGUUAUUUAUUUGUAUUUCAGGUUGUGUUUUUGUCCAUAGAAAACAUCAUGAAUUUUGCAGCAUCAUUGUGCAGAAGAUUGAAUAUCAAGGAACUCGCGACAAAUGUUCCUGUGUAUAAAAGCACCAGUGAUGUUUCUGGAGAAGGUUUGAGUUUCACGUUCAGGCGUUGGGCUUCCAAAAAGACUGCUGGUUCCACAAAGAAUGGACGGGAUUCAAAACCCAAGAACCUUGGAGUGAAGAAAUUUGGUGGGGAGAGGGUGAUACCUGGAAAUAUCAUUGUUCGACAGCGUGGCACUCGUUUUCAUCCAGGAAACUAUGUUGGACUUGGGAAAGAUCAUUCUCUGUUUGCAUUGAAAGAGGGAUGGGUGAAGUUUGAACGGAACAAGUUGACUGGUCGCAAGUGGGUGCAUGUUGAGCCUAAGGAAGGUCAUGUUCUCCACCCUCUGUAUGCAGCAGAUGCUUCUGCAUCUGAACUAAAAGUUGCUGUCUAAGUCUCAUCUGUCAUCAGUAUCAUCCAUGAUAGAAAUUUUUAUUUGGUCACAAAAUUCAGCUUUACCUUCUUGGUUUAUCUGAACUUCUAGAUGUUCAACCUCUGCCUUAAUUUAUACCAUCUUUAAUUGAAAAACUAAUCAGUUGUUUUGGUACAUCCUCUUCCAUUGGAAGCAUUUAAAAGAUUGAGUCCCGAAGGCAAGAUUAGUUGGUACUUCAGCAUGCUGGAGAGUUGCUCCUUUUUGUAUUUGUCAAAUUAUGCCUGAUUAUUAGAACUGUAAUUGGUUAGGGAGAGUGCUUGAUCAAAUUUUGAUCGGAUCAUGUAGGAAUAAGGUUCAAUUUUACCGAUAUGUUCAACUACAUUCAUAAAAGCACUUCUACCUGACACAUCGUUAAACUUAUGUUUCCGUGUGACCUUUUCAUGAAUUCUCAAAACUUAUUUCACUCCA